GGCCGCGUACCGAAAUAGAGGUGCGCACGCGUCUUCCCGCUGUCAAUUUCGUCCGGAUAGGGUGCACGAUUAACCUAUACCGCCCGCCGCAGAGCGAAAGUUCGGCGAGCUCACGCUCCCUCAGGGCCCGCAGAAGGUCCCACGCGAGUGCAGUGUCCCAGGAGAAAAGUGCGUGGUUGCAUAAUAACGACCCAGUUAUGUGUGUGAUUCGUGAUAUAUCUUAGUGCGAUUUAGUUCUCAAAUCUGUUAGAAAACAGAUAGCAGGAAAUCAAAGAUGCUGAAGGGUCGCGGUCGUGACCCGCGGGUCUUGACCAGCCCGCCGCCGGCGCAGCUCGCGGCGCGGGUGCCGGCGCAGACGCAGGGCGUGAGACCUCAGCCUCAGAUGCACUCCUCCUCAAAACUCACUCUGCGCACGCCGACGCUAUCGCGGGCGCCUAUCGCCAAACCAGAGCCAGAUUACGAAGUCGUGGAGUUCCCCUCCGAACAGUAUGUGAACGCCAAGCUGCAGCCGCCACCGCCACCUCCGCCGCGUCCUCCUACAGGGCAUCCAGUUGAAGCAGCGUCAUGCGGUCUUUGCGGGGGCGGAGGCGCGCGGGUCCGCUGCACCGAGUGCGGUCGGCGAGCGCUCUGCGCCUCCUGCGACGACAUGUACCACCGGCACCCUAAGCGCCGCCACCACCAGAGACAGGCAUUAUCCUUGAACCAAAUGCGGGACGAACGACCGCCUCUGCCACCGAAGGCUGCUCCCCCAGUGCCUCCACCGCGAAGACACAAGAUUAGCGGUGACAGAAUGAGCGCGAGUCCCAGACCUCCAUCGGUGGCGGAACAGCGCAACUCGACUCUCGGUUCUCACUCCAUAAAUCCCAUGAUGCACACUCAAACGAUGCCGCUGAACAAUCGGCCGAGUCAGCAUAAUCAGCAGAUACCACCUCAUCUUCAGAAGCUAGCAGCAGGACCUACGCAUCUGGGUAGUGUGCCCUAUUUGCCUGCGGCGCACCAUUCUCCUGCGCCUGUAGUGCCGGCUCAGACCAAUACGUUAGGGCAUCUGACUGGCUGGGGAAGACCACGUGGGUCAUUGCCGGGCUUCAAUGUUCCACCUAACAUGAUGCAGCAACAAAUGGGGCCAGAAAGCUGGGAGAGUCCGGAGAGCGUCCAGGCUCAGAACUGGGGUCGGCCGAUGCGGCGGGGGGCCUCGGUGCUGGAGCUGAGCGGUGGGGGCAUGGGGGGGAUGGGGGGCAUGGUGGGGGCGGCGUGCCCGGGCUGUGCCGGCUGCGCGGGCGGCUGGCGCUAUGGCAGCUGCGCCAGCCUCGACCACCAGCCGUGGGCCGCGUGGCCGCCCGCCUGCUGCCACCCGCCCGCGCCGCUCGCGCACCCUCACGCCCAUGCUCAUCCGCAUAUGCACGCGCCGCAGACGCCGCAGCCUUACCGCAGAGUGGACAGCCGCGCGGUAUCCCGCGCCGCCUCCCGAGCGGGCUCACGCGCGGCAUCGCCCGCUAUGAGCGUGAGAUCUCGCGCCUCUCGCCGGCCCAAGCACCGCACUCCCUCGCCGCCGCCGCUGCCAUCUAGCGACGCCGACUCUGAGAGCGAGAGUGACAGUGACCGCGGCCAUGACAACAGCCGUAGUCACGCCCAUGAUAACAGUCGUGGUCACGCCCACGAGACUUCCCGCAGCCGUGUACACCGCCGUGAUAGCGACAGAGCACGAAGCCGCGGCCCGGAGAGCGAGCGUGGACGCGGAAACGUGCCCGACAGCGAGAGGGGGCGUGGCAAUGAACCCGAGCGCGAGCGCAGGCUCAGCCAUGUUGCCAACGAAGCACCACCAAAGCAAGAGGAGACCGAAGAGUGGUUAGGUCCGGCUCCGGCGCCGGCGGCCGCGGCGUGGCAGUGCGAGCACUGCACGUUCGUCAACGAGCCCGGCGAGCGCGUGUGCGCCGUCUGCUGCCGCACGCCCACCGCCGCGCCCCAGAUUGUACAAGCACCUGGAGACGCCACGAGUGGCCGACGCGCUGACAGUCCAAGAACCGCAGCGGAAAACGCUCGAAGCGUAGCGGACAGCGCUCGUAGCGUAGCGGAAAGCGCGCGAGGCAUCAGCCGACUGGACCUGGACGACGACCCGCCUCCGCCGCGGACUGUCAAUCGAGUGGCAUCGCCAUCGCCAGUCCGCGUCGUCGACAGCCGAACUCAUCAAAAUGGAGAAUCAACAUCAAACAAAACUGUUCCCAAAAAGGAACGCAUUUCUACCGGCUGCGGCCCCUCGCCGCCACGAGAAGAGAACAAUCGAAAACAAAUAAACCGCCUAGUUACUCCCACCCGCGAACAAAGUGUAGAACCAUCGCGACGUCAUGAUAUGGGCGUGGGGCCGUCCCCGCCCAGAGAGACCCAGCAUUCUAUCAGCGUCGGACCAUCUCCACCGAGACAAAAUAUAUCGAUGAGAGUGUCUCCGUAUAAAGAAGUGAAGCAACCAGAACCACCAGUGCGGCACAGCAUCUCAGUAGGCCCCUCCCCUCCCCGCGAGAAUACAAUACGCGCGUCCCCCGUUCAAAAAAAGUCAGCUGGGACGUCCCCCCCGCGGGACGCGAUUGAGAGUCGCUCGUCGUCCACGUCCCUGCGAGCCAACGUAUCUAAUACCGGUACGUCUCCACCGCCGCAAAGUAUCUCCACACAGACGUACGAGGUGCCAAACGCGUGGGAGCGCGCCCCGUCAGCGUCUCGUUCGCGCGCGCGGAGACGCUUCCGCGACGACAGCCGCCGCGAGCGCUCGCACAGCCGGCACUCGCUCUCCAGCGACACGAGGGAGAGCGAACGCAGCGCGCGAACUAGCGGCGGCGGAGGGGGGCGGUGGGAGUGGCGGGAGACUCGCGACAGCAGCCCGCCCGAGUGGAGCGGCAGCGAGCGCCGGCCGCCCGCGCGCCUCACGCGCCGCGCCUCGCACCUCGACCUGCGCCGCGAGCCCCGCGCCCCGCGCCGCGCCAGCUACUACUCGCAGGUACCCCGCAGCCCCCGCGUGGAGCGGCAGCGAGCGCCGGCCGCCCGCGCGCCUCACGCGCCGCGCCUCGCACCUCGACCUGCGCCGCGAGCCCCGCGCCCCGCGCCGCGCCAGCUACUACUCGCAGGUACCCCGCAGCCCCCGCGUGGAGCGGCAGCGAGCGCCGGCCGCCCGCGCGCCUCACGCGCCGCGCCUCGCACCUCGACCUGCGCCGCGAGCCCCGCGCCCCGCGCCGCGCCAGCUACUACUCGCAGGUACCCCGCAGCCCCCGCGUGGAGCGGCAGCGAGCGCCGGCCGCCCGCGCGCCUCACGCGCCGCGCCUCGCACCUCGACCUGCGCCGCGAGCCCCGCGCCCCGCGCCGCGCCAGCUACUACUCGCAGGUACCCCGCAGCCCCCGCGUGGAGCGGCAGCGAGCGCCGGCCGCCCGCGCGCCUCACGCGCCGCGCCUCGCACCUCGACCUGCGCCGCGAGCCCCGCGCCCCGCGCCGCGCCAGCUACUACUCGCAGGUACCCCGCAGCCCCCGCGUGGAGCGGCAGCGAGCGCCGGCCGCCCGCGCGCCUCACGCGCCGCGCCUCGCACCUCGACCUGCGCCGCGAGCCCCGCGCCCCGCGCCGCGCCAGCUACUACUCGCAGGUACCCCGCAGCCCCCGCGUGGAGCGGCAGCGAGCGCCGGCCGCCCGCGCGCCUCACGCGCCGCGCCUCGCACCUCGACCUGCGCCGCGAGCCCCGCGCCCCGCGCCGCGCCAGCUACUACUCGCAGGUACCCCGCAGCCCCCGCGUGGAGCGGCAGCGAGCGCCGGCCGCCCGCGCGCCUCACGCGCCGCGCCUCGCACCUCGACCUGCGCCGCGAGCCCCGCGCCCCGCGCCGCGCCAGCUACUACUCGCAGGUACCCCGCAGCCCCCGCGUGGAGCGGCAGCGAGCGCCGGCCGCCCGCGCGCCUCACGCGCCGCGCCUCGCACCUCGACCUGCGCCGCGAGCCCCGCGCCCCGCGCCGCGCCAGCUACUACUCGCAGGUACCCCGCAGCCCCCGCGUGGAGCGGCAGCGAGCGCCGGCCGCCCGCGCGCCUCACGCGCCGCGCCUCGCACCUCGACCUGCGCCGCGAGCCCCGCGCCCCGCGCCGCGCCAGCUACUACUCGCAGGUACCCCGCAGCCCCCGCGUGGAGCGGCAGCGAGCGCCGGCCGCCCGCGCGCCUCACGCGCCGCGCCUCGCACCUCGACCUGCGCCGCGAGCCCCGCGCCCCGCGCCGCGCCAGCUACUACUCGCAGGUACCCCGCAGCCCCCGCGUGGAGCGGCAGCGAGCGCCGGCCGCCCGCGCGCCUCACGCGCCGCGCCUCGCACCUCGACCUGCGCCGCGAGCCCCGCGCCCCGCGCCGCGCCAGCUACUACUCGCAGGUACCCCGCAGCCCCCGCGUGGAGCGGCAGCGAGCGCCGGCCGCCCGCGCGCCUCACGCGCCGCGCCUCGCACCUCGACCUGCGCCGCGAGCCCCGCGCCCCGCGCCGCGCCAGCUACUACUCGCAGGUACCCCGCAGCCCCCGCGUGGAGCGGCAGCGAGCGCCGGCCGCCCGCGCGCCUCACGCGCCGCGCCUCGCACCUCGACCUGCGCCGCGAGCCCCGCGCCCCGCGCCGCGCCAGCUACUACUCGCAGGUACCCCGCAGCCCCCGCGUGGAGCGGCAGCGAGCGCCGGCCGCCCGCGCGCCUCACGCGCCGCGCCUCGCACCUCGACCUGCGCCGCGAGCCCCGCGCCCCGCGCCGCGCCAGCUACUACUCGCAGGUACCCCGCAGCCCCCGCGUGGAGCGGCAGCGAGCGCCGGCCGCCCGCGCGCCUCACGCGCCGCGCGCCUCGCACCUCGACCUGCGCCGCGAGCCCCGCGCCCCGCGCCGCGCCAGCUACUACUCGCAGGUACCCCGCAGCCCCCGCGUGGAGCGGCAGCGAGCGCCGGCCGCCCGCGCGCCUCACGCGCCGCGCCUCGCACCUCGACCUGCGCCGCGAGCCCCGCGCCCCGCGCCGCGCCAGCUACUACUCGCAGGUACCCCGCAGCCCCCGCGUGGAGCGGCAGCGAGCGCCGGCCGCCCGCGCGCCUCACGCGCCGCGCGCCUCGCACCUCGACCUGCGCCGCGAGCCCCGCGCCCCGCGCCGCGCCAGCUACUACUCGCAGGUACCCCGCAGCCCCCGCGUGGAGCGGCAGCGAGCGCCGGCCGCCCGCGCGCCUCACGCGCCGUGCCGAGCACCUCGACAGCUACUACUCGCAGGUCUAUCCUACCACCUCCCCCCGCAACCCCCACUGGAGAGAGAAAGCCCCAACAGCCCUCGAGUGGAGAUCAGCAAGCGGCCAUGCCGUUUCUACGCGGCGUCCCCAGAACCCGGGCGCGCGAUGUCGAUGGAGGCGCUGGCGGGCGCGGGCGCGGCCGGCGCGGCGUCGCGCGGCCUGGAGCUGGCGCGCCUCAUGGCCGAGGCCGAGCGGCUCGGCUUCAGCGCCGCUGAGGUUCAAGCUGCGCUAGCGCAGAGCCCAGCAGCGCCGCUAGCGUGGCUGCGCGGGCGCUGGCCGAGCCUAUGUGCUGGCGUACGCGCAGCCGCCGCCCGCCUGGCGCCGAACGCGCGUGUUUCCGAGCUGGAGGCACGCGCCGCGCUAGCGAGGCACCGCGGCGCCAUGUGGCCCGCCGUCACCGACUGCGUCGAGAGGCACCGCCGACAGACGGAGCAGGGCACGAGCUCGGAGCGGCGGCUGCGCGGGCGCGUGUGGGGCUCCCCGGCGGGCGCCGACGACGACGCCGCGCCGCCGCCGCGCGCCCACACGCGCGCCGAAGAUAGCUCGGACGAGUACGAGCCGCCGCCGAACAAAUUGCGGGACGACGACUGGAUGUAUCUCCCCCUCGACGCCGCCCGGGAGCCCGUCGAGCCCUGGGCCGUGGUUCCCCACCCGUACGACGACGUCGCCGAUGACGUCGCCGCGGACCUGAAAAGGCUCCUCGUGGGAGCGAGCGCUCCAGUGAUCCCCGACGACUUGGUUCUGGGAGGCUUCCUGCCCGACGAGUUGGCGGCGAUGUCCGCGGCGGACGGCAACGUUGGAGGCAAACCGCAUUUACUAGAUUUUAUCCAAUCUGAGAACGACUUCAUAGAGGCAUACAACGCUCUCACCAGGUCCAGUCCCCUCCCCAAUGUCAAUAAUCGCAAGGAUGGGUCGGACGGCGCCCAUUUUUCGGCAGAAACAGAUUCGAAACGAGACACGUUUGACGUGGAUGAGAAUGAUUUAUAUUCUAAUAUUGAAAAAAACACUAAUAUUAAUAAUAAUAUUAACAUGCAAACAAAUCACACAUCUCAUGAAUUGAUAGACUCGAAUAAAUUAAAGAAACGGUCGCCCGAAAAAGACAAAUCAAAUGAGUCUUUGGAAGUUACAUUAAAUAAUGUUUAUACGAUGCAGCAAACUAGUCAACUUUCUUCGUCCCCGACGAAGCCAAAUAUAGCAGCUGACGAAGAUAGAAUUACAAAUAUAACUUUGAAUUCUAGUCAACAAUUUGAUACGCCAAAUAAAGAUCUCACAUCUAACGUAGAAAUAGAAAAUGCAAGUAUUUCGACAGCAAAUGCAGAGCCGAUUUUAUCAGAUGUACCGAUUACUUCACCCAUACCUAAAACGGUGACUGAAACUAACAACGUAAAAAAUACAUCACCGACGCCGCAAGUUGCAGUCCAAAAGAACAUAAGAAAAGUAACGACUGAAAAUAAUAUAGAAAAAACACAAGCUGAUAUUCAAUCUCAAGAUAAAUCUAAUAAUUUAAAUGACCUUGUUGAUAACACUCAAAGACUGAUACAACAAAUGAGAGAUGAAAUUAAUUCAGAUAUAAAUUCUAUUGAUAGUAGAAACAUAUCACAGAGUGAAGCAGAUAGCAGUUCAAAUGAAUCUGAUAUUUCAACAGAACACGAGUCUAGCUAUAGUGAUACUGAAGAUAAAGAAACUGAUGAGUUAUCAACAAAUGAAAGUGAAAGUUCUGAUGAGGAAAGUGAAGAAGACCGUUUACAUGAAAGACGGCCUACCAUAAUUCAAAGGACUAGUUCGGAAGAAAACGAUCAAUUCGAAGAAGCUAUGGAUCACAUAGAAGAUCAAAUGGAAGACUUCAAAAACACCAAUAUUGAAAUCUUAGAUUCGAUAGCGCGUAGCCUACAAGAAGAGCAUACUAUAUCACUUACCAUCGAUGAGCCCAAAAUAACAAAUGAGAGAAGAGAAGAUCUUAAUAACAAUUUAUUUGUAGAAGUUAAUUCUUUCGAAGAAAUUUAUGCUCAACUAAAUUCAAAUAAUAAAGGAAAAGUUAGCCCUACGCGCCCUGAUCAUAAUAAAUCCAAUGACCAACAAAAUAGCCGAUCAGAGCUAACCUCAAAUAAUGUACAGCCAGUUAUUACAAAUAAUAAAAAUGACAAGCAGAAAUCACCUGAUAAUGCAUCAAUAGGAAACCAAAAUAAUAUAAUUUCAAUUCAAGACGAACCUAAAAAUGUUUCGCCUGAACCAAUAAUGAUUCCCAGGAUAAAUAUCACUAAGCAAUUAGUCGCAAUUUCAACAUUUAAGGCUAUGCCACCAAUACAAUUAAUAAUAUCUGAAAACAACCAAAUAGCACUGAAUGCUAUUAUAGAACAUUUAGAAGGAAAUGAGGAGAUUAAUAAUGAAAUACAAGAGCAUACUGUUGUUCAAAUCACAGAAGAAACAUCCGCAUUAGAAAAUGAUUUUAUUAUUACUGAAACGCCUGUAACGUCGAUGAAAAGCUUGCCACAAUCAUCAGAUGAGGAUGAUUCAAUGGGUACAGCUGACUCAGACGUUACUCCAACGGAACAAACUGACUUAGUAGAUGAUGAUAAUACAAUCUUAGAAAAUAAUACAAAUACUCAGGAAAACUUGAGUAAUAAAAUAACAGAAAAUGUUGAUAGAACAGAAUCAAAAGAUGUCUCUGAUAUUUUGGACAACAAAGUAGAGAUAAAUAACGAAGUUUCGGACAGCAAUAAUAAAUCUCCUGAGAAAAUAAUUACAAAGCCACAAAAUCAGAGUAAAAUAAAUAAAACAUUCAAUGCCAUUAAAUCAAAUAUUCCAAAAUUAGUAAAAGUUGUGCAAAAUAAUAAGCAAAAAGGAGACAAGACUUCUCCAAAAGUUAUAGCUUCCAAGGUACCAGUUCGACGAGGCUCCCUUAAGCAGUACCCCGCACCGGCGCCUCCCAAAUCUCACUUCGGUAACAUUCAAAGCGGUCACGUAAAACAACUUCAAACUCGACUGUUUGAUAAUAAAUUUCCAAAAACUUCCAUCUCUGUGCCAAGUACGGUAGAAGCAAAACCGUCGACAUCUACGAUGCAUAAGAAAAAGCCUGCCCCGCCGCCCCCCACUCAAGAGGCGAAGCAACCUUCACCGUCAAAAGCUGCACCUCCCAAAGAAAAAAAGAGCAAUUUCUUUAGAGAAUCUUGCCGCACGGAAGAUGAAUGGACAGAAAGUGACGCCGAAGAUACCCCAGUGCCGUUUUCUAAAGAAAGCGAAGAACCUAAUAGACCACCGUCACCGCCGCCGCCUGUUACUGUACGUCGGGUGUCUGGACAAAUCAUCGACCUUGCCAAAGUCCGGAUUCCGGAAGGUUCGCCUGAGCGGCAAGCGCGCAUGCUGCUGGCAGAGGGCGCGAGCGAGACGUGGGAGCAGGCGCGGCUGGCGGUGGAGCUGGUGUCGCGCGGCGCGGAGGCGGCGGCGGCGCUGCUGGCCGCGCUGGAGUGCGCCGACCUGCCCGCCGCGCUCGCCUACCUGCACCAGGACUGCGAGCUGUGCGCCGAGCGCCUCCCCGAGCACGAGAUGGUGUCGAUGCUGCGCUGCACGCACCGCUGCUGCCGCUCGUGCGCGCGGCUGUACUUCACGGUGCAGGUCACGGAGCGCAGCAUCGCGGACUGCGUGUGCCCCUACUGCAAGCUGCCCGAGCUCGAGAGCCUGCCCGAGGACGAGUGGCUGGAGUACUUCGCGCACCUCGACAUACAGCUCAAGACCUUGCUCGAGGCUGACGUGCACGAGCUGUUUCAGAGGAAGUUGCGAGACAGAACCCUGGCACGUGAUCCAAAUUUCCGAUGGUGCAUGGAGUGUUCCUCGGGAUUCUUUGUGCACCCGAAACAAAAGAAAAUCCGUUGCCCGGAGUGCCGGUCAGUGAGCUGCGCCAAAUGUAGGAAACAGUGGUCUGUUAACCACGAGGGCUUGACUUGCGAGCAAUACACCGCUUGGUUGGAAGAUAAUGAUCCAGAACGAGCCAUCGCCGCAGUUCAACAGCAUUUACGUGAAAAUGGCCUUGAAUGUCCGAGAUGCCACUUCAAAUAUUCACUAUCAAGGGGUGGCUGUAUGCACUUCACAUGCACGCAAUGCAAAUACGAAUUCUGCUAUGGGUGUGGAAAGCCAUUUAUGAUGGGAGCUCGCUGCGGGCUCAGCGAAUAUUGCGCUAAGCUGGGGCUACACGCGCACCACCCGCGGAACUGUCUCUUCUACCUGCGCGACAAGGAGCCUCAUGAACUGCAAACACUUCUACAGAUGAACAACGUGGAAUACGAGACAGCAGCGCCCGAGGGCAGCCCGAACCGGUGCCCCAUACAACUGCAGCGGGAGACGCCCACCGGCCUCGUGGACGGCACGUGCGGUAGCGAAGCGCCUGCCAACUAUGCCGGACUAUGCAAGAACCACUACCUGGAGUACCUGUCGCGCGUGGUGCGCGCGCGCGGCCUGGACCCGCUGCCGCUGCUGGACGUGGGCGACCUGGAGACGCUGGUGCGGCGCGCCGCGCUGCGCCCGCCGCCGCGGCCCUACGGCUCGCUGGACGGGCUCUACCGCCGCGCGCUGCAGGAGAUCGUGAAGGAGAAAAUACCCUUGGAUUGAAUUUGGAACUAUGUCCUUUUGCUGUUUUGGCUACACAAGAUUCUUUGGAAAUUAAAACAUAAUAUUGUAACAUUAUUUUUCAUUCAUUAUUAUAAUUCAAUUAAUUAUUUAUUAACAAUAAAAUAAACUAUUCAAUAAAAAUGUGGUUUAUUAUUAAACGUCGAAGGUCGUUACCUUCGUGCGAAGUUUUCAUUCAUGUGAUGCCUGUCGCGUUGUAUGUAGUGCCUGUUGGAAUGUAUCCGGCUCUCCAGGGAGUCGGGCAGGGCCCUGGCCUCGGUCUUGGCGGGGGGCGGGCGGGCGCGCGCGUCGGCGGCGGCGUCGGCGCGGCGCUGG